ACUCAAAAGUAGUAAACCCUCUUCAACUUCUGCAAACUGUAACAGUACAGAAACUGCAACAAUUUACACAAAAGCUACUUAUUUUUCUUCAACAAUGGCAGCCGUGUCAAUCACUAAAAACGCCAUUUUUAACCUCUCUAAGGCUCUUCCUCGAACUCCUCCUCUCUUCCUUCGCCGCAAUGUCUCCUUCUACAACCUCUCAAAGACUCUUCCUCAAAACCGUUCUCUUUUCAUUCGCCACAAAGUCUCCCGUGUCUGCUUUUCCUCUUCCCCGAAUUACUCCGAGGCAUCGCCUAUGAGGGAGAUGGCUGACAACACCAAGGACGAUAUGAAAGCGUCCAUGGACGAAACUAAAAGGGCAGCCAAAGACAUGAUGGACAAAGCAAAAGAAGGUGCAGAGAGCAUGAAAGACAGGGCAAGUGAUAUGGCCGGAAAGGCAGCAGAUAAGGCAAAACAAGGGAAAGACAAAGCAGCAGAAAUGGCAGACGACACUAAAGAGAGAGCACGUGACAUGAAGGAAAGGACCAAAGACACUGCAGAGUCCAUGGCUGACAAGACGAAAAAAUACGCGAAUGAUGCAAAGGAGACGACGAAGGACAGAGCAGGAGCUAUGGCGGAGAAGACGAAAGAAGGGGCAAGCAAAGUGGCGGAGACAGCACAGUCAAUAGCUGGCAAAGCUAAGCAGGCAAUGUCAGAUGCUGUGGGAGCGGCAAAGGAAACGACUCAGAAGAUUAAAGAAACUGUGGUGGGUUCAGCAGAGGAUAACAAGAAGUCUGUUGAUGAUUAUAUUGAAGAUCAUAAAGGUAAGCCGAAGGAAGAUACGAGUGAGAAAACCAUGGAUGAAGAUGUGGUGGAACUGAGAAGGCGUGCAGGGGGAAGUGGUGACAAGAAACAUUGAGGCAGGAAAUGGAAGUUAUUUAAAAUAAUGUAGUGAAGGUUUUGUCUAAUAUGUUGAACUUAUUUCCUUAUGCAUAUUGUACACACGGAACUCUGUUUUUGAGUUUUGCUUCCCUAUGGGAAAGGGUACUUGCACUUGGUGAAUUUCCUCUUCUCACCGUCCACGGGCAGUUUGAUGGAAUUUAUGGAAUUUAAUGUUCAUUUUGA